AUGGAGGAAGAUUUUGUCCUAGAGCGGACUAAACGUCGUCACGCGUUGGCUGAGAUUGAGAAGCUGAUCAAGAAAAGCCCGAAUCUGCAUAUUGAACCCUCUGAACUGAAGGCGGCUGGUAUUUGCCACCUUCCCUUGUCCCUUGAAGGGGAUACCCAACAUCGUCCACAAUUCUUCAUGCCAUACCAAGAAGAACUGCCGUUCCCGUCGAAGGAGGAGGAGAACGAGCUGCUAGAACGAAAGCCUAACCUGGAUUUCAUCAUGUGGGAAGCUCGCGCUACUGAGUCUUUUCUUACUAGCAACUUUGGUGAUUGCUUGUCAUAUGCAUCGGAUAAGUACCCCCAUAAUCCGCCACCCUCUGGCCAAUAUCGAGAACUUGGAGAUUAUAGAUAUUUUGGUCAACUGCUGGAAUGUAUCGACUUCAACUGGUACGCUGUGGAAGCAACCGAUUAUCGGGAGGGAAAUUAUCCACACUUCAAGGUCAUCCUGGAAAGUGAAGCGAACGGGGAUGGUCGACUGCUUCGCGGAGAAAUCAUGACCAUCACCGGUAUCAUGGUUGGUCGUUUGAGAUCCAAGCGGCUGCGCCCUCAUGUUGUUGCCCCGAUGCUGGUCCUGUCUCUCAUGGGUCCUCGUCAUGCCCGCGUCCUGGAGGCAGAUUUUGACGGAAAGAUUCUCAACAUACGCGCUUCUAAGUUGUACGAUUUCACGCAAAAGAACACCGAGUUCGUGCAUUCGCUGACGCGGUAUUGGCUUGGUGGCGCGUGCGGCAAGACUGAGCUGUGA